UACAAUUUCAACUAAUAAUCAUGGUUGUUUAUCUUUUGAAGUACUAUUAUCCCACAUGAUAUGAGCAUGAAAACAAAAUUAUCAUACACUCUUUUGUCUUAACAUGUAAUGCCAUCAUCAAAGUGUCAUUCCCCCUCAAUUAUUGAUAUUACAAAACCUUAUUAGGGAGUUGUAGAAGGACCACCCACCAUCCUCAACCACAACCACCAAAACCCCCCAAAACCAUUAAACUCUCCUCCACUUUCCUUUCCCCUUUCUCUCAAAUUCCCAUCAUCCUUGUCUUAUCUUCAACCUUUUAGCUAAACCUUUUUAAUUUGCAUUUCAUUAACAAAAAUGAUGUCAUCCGUAAGCUUCAUUGUUAUGCUACUAAUAAUGAUCAUCAUACCCACCAUACUUUACAGCUUCUUCUUCCUAAUCAACUGCCCACCAAGCCCUAUUGAGCUCCUACGACGUCGUCGAAGACGGCCCACCGAUGUCGAAAAUUUUGAUCCAAGGAGCUCUAAAAUGGUUGAUGAAGAUGAUGAUGAGAAUAAAAGUAACAAGAAUAAGAACAAUAUAGAGUUAGUUAUUGCUUCAAUAUCUAAGUUAGGGAAAGAUGUUGAGUGCCCUGUUUGUUUAUCAAUAUUUAUAGAAGGAGAAGAGUUAAGGCAACUUAAUAUUUGCAAUCAUUUGUUUCAUAGGUGUUGUAUUGAUAAGUGGCUUUCUACACAUUGCAACUGCCCUGUUUGCCGAGCUUUUGUUGGCAAUCCUUCUAAACCAAUCAAGGAUGAACCUAAUCGUGUUUUGGCAUCGAGGGAAGUUGAUAGGCAUGAUCAUUGGCAAGGAUUGCCUGAUUCAGCUGGUUUGGUUUGAAACUUUUUUUUUUUUUUGGCUUUUGUUGAUGAUUGGUAGAAAUAGUUAGAUUUGAUUUGAUUUUUGGAUCUUGUUUUAGUGUGUGAAAACACAAAUUCUGUUUUACGAUCAAGUGUACCUAAAGGAAGGCACAUCUGAUUCUUUUUAUAAAUAGCGCGUGUAUAACAUACGCCUCUACUUGCGUUACAUGAUGUAUUUAACAAAUGUAUGUUCUGAAUGUAUAAUAGACACUCUGUACAAAACAAAUGUUUAUAGUAUAUGAUUAGAUUGUUAUAGGGUUUUCACUAUUGAAGUGUACCAAUUGCAUUUUCGUGUAGUUUUACACGAGUUUGUCUUUGAUGCUAUAGGCAUCUAUAAGAUAAUCUUGAUUCUAACAA